GAAACCUACACCUGUGAUUCCUCGGAUGAUCGAAUGUUCCAAGGGUAUUGAACACGUCACCGGAGGAAGAAUUACGUUAAUGACCCCAAUAGAGGCUCAUUGUCGGAUCGGAAGAAACUCCGACGACUAAGGAAAUCGAGGUGCAGCUCGUGUUUCGCUGGAUCCGACGCGAUUUCGGUGCUACAUACCUGAAAUCUCCCCGAUGUUUGAGUAGAGAUCUCUGGAUUGACUUUUCUCCCUCUGUGGCGACAAAAUACACGCACGACCACUGGAGCACGCGCCUUUACGUGGAUGUUCGCAAAUUCGAUUGCUUGAACGAUGGCGGUUAAACUCGACAGUGUCUCAAGUUGGAUUCUUGCGAUCUCGGUGUCUGCGCUCUUCACCUCGUCGAUACUCGUCUUCCGGUGCGCAUCGAUCCUUUUCAUCGGCAUCUACGAACGCUUCGGUGUUUCCAGAGAGGAGGCUGCCUGGCCCAUCACGGCAUACUUCGUCUCGACAUGUUUCAGUGGUCCGAUCGUCGGACUCCUAAGUCAGCGGAUCGAAACACGGAAGCUGUUUCUCUUCUCUGCAUGCUUUAACAGCUUCGCAGUGAUUUUAUCGAGUUUCUCAACGAAAAUUUGGCAUCUAAGUCUCACCCUGGGAGUGCUGCUCGGAUUCUCAGCCGGGAUCCCAGUGACUCUGUCGGGGGUACUCGUCACCCAAUACUUCGAUAGAUACCGCGUAGCCGCCGUCGGUGUCCUAAUGGCUGGACCUUCUAUACUGUCAAUCGUAGCGCCAUCUGUUCUGCAACUCUGCAUAGACACCUAUCAGCUCUCCGGGGCCCUGUUGCUCUCCGCUGGACUGUGCAUGCAGGGAAUUCCUGCGUCUCUGUUACUACUGACAAUCGAUAAACCGGAAGCGCUUCAGCCCCUGCCAGCCGAAAGUGCAGACGUCAAAGUCCCUCUCACGGAGAAAUCUUCUAAGGAGCAGAUAGACGCCGACCCCACCGGAAAGAACAUUCCCCUUGUCGUGCUGCGUCAAUUGGGAGGGAACCGGGUUCGGAGGGACACCCCGCGUUUGACGAUCGAGGACAAUGAAUCCGCCGUGCCGAGCUCAAUGUACAAGGUCGACAAGAAGGGUUCCAUUGUUCGCUUGUUCAGAAUGAAAUGGUUUUAUAUCAUGGCGCUGCCACACAUGGCCUUCGGCCUGACUUUGUCUACUCUGCUCAAUUUGAUUGAAGACUACGGUCGGGACAAGAACGUCGAUCCCGUCAUUGCGAGGAACCUCGUGGGCGUCUUCGCAGGAACGGACCUCUUGGCGCGAUUGGGGUCGUCCUGGAUCACGGAUGGUGGCUUCAUCGCAAGGGAACAUUUCUUCAUACUGAAUUUCCUCAUGAAAGCAGCUUCCUUAGUUCUACUCGCUCUGACCAGCAACUCGAUCGCUCUGCUUUGCACCGUGGGGUGCCUGGGCUGGCUUUUCGGCACCACCAUGAUCCUGUUCAUAGACAUAAUGAGAGAUAGACUCGGUCUUGAGCUUCUCGCGUUCGCCAACGGAAUGUACUUGUUCCUCGGAGGCUUGCUCGGGCUGAGUCUGCCGAGAGCAAUAGGUUUUUUCCGCGAACAGAGCGGUUCUUACAAUCCCAUAAUGUAUAUACUUGCGGGUCUGACAGCGACCGCUUCACUCGUGUAUCUGACGGGAUGUUCCCUCGGACGCGAGAAGAGCCUUCCCGGAAUGCAUUUGAGUCAAGAGCUUCCUGAUCCUGAAGAAGCACUGGACUCCGGCAGGUUUCGAAGCGCUUCAUCCACUCUGUCGGUGCAACGCCUGUGAUAGUUUUCCGACCAGGCAUUAGUUUCUUUAUUUCAGGGCUUGGAAUCUGCGUCGUUGGUGACGGAUUUCCCGCGAAAACGAAACGGGACUGC